AUGGGGCCCUCUCCAGUCAUACUUGUCACGGCCGGAUCUGCAGGUCUCGGAUCUGCCGUUGCUCGACUGUUUGCCCAUCAUGGAUAUAGAGUUGUCAUCAAUUACAACACGGAUAGCGAGCGUGCUAGGACACUGGUUGCAGAACUUUCUGCCCAGCAUGCCGAGCUAGACGACGUUGAAGGAAUGAAGGGGAUUGCACGUUAUAUCUCGGUUCAGGCUGAUCUAGCUUCAGCCCUGGAAAUCCGACGUCUGGUCGAAGAGACAUACGCUGCCAUGGGGCGUAUUGAUGUUGUCUUGUCGAAUGGGGGGUGGACAAAAUUCCGCGACACAUCAUCGAUUGACGAUAACGUGUUUGAAGAAGACUGGGACAGGGCAUUUAACAUGAAUGUCAAGUCUCAUCUUUGGCUCUUGCAAGCAUCCAAGCGGUACCUCGAGGAAACGGAAGGGGCUUUCAUCACAACUGCAUCCCUUGCAGGUGUGACUGGUGCCUACGGGACUACAAAGGCUGCCCAAAUACACAUGGUUAAGGGUCUAGCCUGUAUGGUAGCGCCUAAGAUCCGUGUCAACAGUGUAUCACCAGGGCUGCUGCAAACGAAAUGGGCAACUCGCUUCACCGCCGAACAGAAAGAAGCGCACCGACAAGGAACUAAAUUGAAACGUUUUGUCGACGUUGAGGAUGUUGCGGAGCAAGUCCUUGGUUUAGCAAAAUCCAAAAGCAUGACUGGGACAAACAUCAUCGUUGACGCCGGAUAUAGGCUUUAG